AUGCUAAAAAAAAAAAUAACCGGACUGUAUUUUUCAGGAACCUGCCCUAAAGGGUACAAGAAGUACCGCGCGGUCUGCUACAAGCUGUUCAACGAGCGCAAGUCGUUCUCCGAAGCGGCUAAGACCUGCCAGGCCGGUGGGGGCACCCUCGCCAUGCCCCGAGACGAUAGAAUCAACGCCUUCCUCCUCACACUCAUGAACGAGGAAGACAUCUCCCACGGCAUUUGGUUCGGCUUGCACGACAGGGUACAGGAGGGGUACUGGAAAUGGAUAGACGGGACCCCUUUGAACACCUGGACAGCUGGCUACAGAGACUGGGCGCCGGGACAGCCCAACAGUGAGCGGGGCGACGACGACUGCGCCGCCUACUCCUCAGACCUGUGGUACGACUUGAACUGUCGUUACAAGGAGAGUUUCAUCUGUGAAAUUGUUCUACCAGAUACUUCUGGCGUGAAACAGUUUCAGAUCCAACCCCUGUAG